AUGAAUUACGGUCCACCAGCCUCGCAGUCCCAUCUAUGGCAUCGCGGCAUGGACUUGUUCAGCAACAAUAGGCGCAUGUUCCAGCAGUACAGGCUCGCGCCGCCAUCUUUCAUUGACUUGAAUAGGCUAAGGCCAGCGCCGAGGUACUACCAGCAUCAACGAAAGAGACCCUCGAUUCAGACCAAGACAUCUACAACCUCCGACGAGGCGUCCAGUGAGGACCAUGCCAACUGCUGCUUCAGCGCGAGAAACAUGUACGCUCUCUCGACCGUACCGGGCUUCUCGCAGAUGGCGCAAUCAAAACAUCCGCUCCGAAUCAUCCUCUGGUUCAUAGCCUUUGUGGGUCUCGGUUCUGUGGCGUUGGGGAACCUAUACGACCUUCUCGAAGAGUACUUUCAGUACCCGCUCACGGUCAGCAUCCGCCUGGAGGACAUGACCAACGUGGAGUUCCCGGCCGUCACCUUCUGCAACCUCAACCCCGUGCGCAAGAGCCUGCUGUGCGGGAGGGACACGGACCUGUCUUACGAGCUGCAGGAAUUUCUCUGCAACAAAUCGGCCGUUGCUACUGUGGUGAGUGUGUGUGUUUCUGGAGUCCCGGGCGAACUAAACAUUGGCAGCGUUGAUGAUGACUUCACCGAAACCAAAAGAUUGCUCAACCUUGCCAGAAACCGAUGUGCUGUAAAGCUCAAUUUGGAAGGUAGCCAGACGCUGGUGAAAACCCGGUACGAAGCCGACAAGAGGGCACCUUAUUUUAACGUCGGUGACUUCGUAUACUGCAUCGAAGCAUCUCUGCGUGGAACCCUGGACUCUUUACUGGAAGGAUCGAUGUUCACGCUAUCAUUCAGUUCAAGGUAUGGCAACUGCUUCUGCUUCCACUGUCAGAGCAGCAACGAGUCGGCGUUCAGAUACCGAAGACUGGGAAGGCCGGAACAAGGGCUGGAGCUGCUGAUCCAGGUGGAGCAGCACGAAUACCUUCCCAUCACCCCGGAGGCCGGCUACCUGGUCAUGAUCCAUAAGCAGGGACACGAUCCAGACGAGGCCACCGACGGCAUCUACGUGUCACCGGGACAGACCACCUACGUCGGGGUCACCGUGAACGGCAUAUACCGGCUCAAGGCUCCCUAUCCGUCCAAUUGCGUGCAAAGCUGGCCACCCCACAGCCUCCAGCCAAACGCAUCCAUGGGAAAGGUCUACAGCAGAGACCUGUGUCUCAAGCUCUGCCAGCAGGGAGAGGUGCUGAAGAACUGCAGCUGCGAGUCCAGCUUCAUGCCCGCGCCAAGCUACAAUACCUACAACGUCUGCGACGUGCUAGGCAACAAUGAGACCAUGCUUUGCGUGGAUCGAGUAAGGCGACUCUACGAACAGGGCCAACUUGAGUGCAACUGUCCACAAGCUUGCCAUGAGACGCUAUUCUUGAGGUCCAUCUCCGUCGCUUCCUGGGCAAGAGAUGUGAGCAACUCUGCUAGGUUUGGCAAACGACGGAAGAAGUCCCUUUCCGUUCGUGCCAAAGUAGUGAUCUACUUCCAGAGCCUCACAGCUCAGAAUAUUCGUCAAGUGGCUCAGUACAGUACGUCCAACCUGGUGAGCAAUAUGGGUGGCAUCCUGGGGAUGUACGUGAGCUUCUCCUUCCUGGUCAUCUUCGAGAUCUUCGAGAUCAUCGCCAGGUCUGUGAUCUCGGCACUGCACGCGUGGCGGGCAAAACGCCAGACAAGGGCGGCAUUUCUGGGCCAGCAGACGAACGGCCAACGCGGCCCUCAGCAGCAGAUGCCUCCUUUCUGGCGCAACCAGGCCACGGUGCCCAUGGUGCAGACGAAUCCCAAGACGGUGUCCUUCUUCUGAGCGGGAACGCGCCGGUGGAUGAUGUGGCGACUCACGUUGGAUUAAACUCGACGCGAGUUUGACGGAUGGCGUGUCCUAGCUUCU